CUAGUGGCGCCAUUUUCAAACUUUUCUCAAAAUAAAUACAGUUCAAGCCAUUUUACUCAACAUUUCUAAAAAUAAGUGGAAUGCAUCGUCAGUUCUAAAGCACUGGGUGUGUUAACUGUGCACUUAUUUGUUACUGGAGGUUUUACAACUUAUAGUUAAUCGAGUCGGAAAAUUUUGGGAAAAAUCUUGAUCAGAGUCGAUGUUUGCGCAUUUCUCUCGUCAGUGCUGUGUCUGACCCAGAAAGGGAAGCAACGACGUCGGCGUCGCGACGACCAAUCCCCAACAAAAUGUUCUGACCAGGGCGUGACCAAAAUCCCCAAAAAUGGCUGUGGAAAUCCUGGACGAAAACCACUUUGCCAUCAGUGCAAUUGUCACAGUGACCAUGCAAAUAAUCUUCUUCAUAAUUGCGGCCACUUUUCAAAUGGACAAAGUGACCGAUUUCGCUGGAGGCAUCAAUUUUAUUAUCAUUGCACUUCUUACAUUUUUUUGCGGCCAAAGUGGAGGCAAGAAAAGCUACGACAGUCGCCAACUUAUGGUUACAAUUUUUGUAUGUUUGUGGGGGAUGCGUUUGUCCGGUUAUCUCCUGUACAGGAUAAUCAAAAUUGGGAGAGAUAAGCAGUUUGAGGACAAGAAGAGUAACACGAUUCGGUUUGCGAUUUUUUGGACUUUUCAGGCCGUUUGGGUGUACGUGGUGAGCCUCCCCGUCAUCAUAAUCAACUCUCCACGUCACUCCAUCCCCCCAGCCCCCAAAACAAUGACAACUCUAGACUCGACCGGCACUUGUUUCUUCGUAGUCGGCUUUCUCGCCGAAACUUACGCCGACUUGCAGAAAUUUUCAUUCAUGCAAGACCCCGAAAAUCAGGGCAAAUGGUGCAAUGACGGUCUUUGGCGGCUGUCACGCCACCCGAACUACUUCGGAGAGAUCGUCCUCUGGUGGGGCAUCUUCGUCAUAUCCUUGAACGUCCUAGAGGGCUUUGAGUGGAUCGCCAUCUUGUCCCCCAUUUUCACAACCCUUAUUAUAUUGUUCCUGUCGGGAAUUCCGCUCCUGGAACGGUCUUCCGACGACAAAUACCGAGACAUUUCCGAAUAUCGCUACUACAAGUCUUCGACGAGCCCCCUGAUCCCCAUCCCGCCUGGAAUCUACGUCGAAGUGCCCCAAUUUCUCAAGUUCCUGCUCUGCUGUGAGUACCCCAUGUAUGAUUGGCUGGACGAGAAAAAUUGCAAAAAUAGCCACAUUGUUAAGGAGUCCACGAGUGCAUCUUUAGCACAGUCGCAGACAUAGCUAUAGCUACAUGCUGGUCAUCAGAUCAGCACCAACACGAAUGACAGCAAAAUGCAGAUAACAGCCUUGUAAGUUAGUGCUCGAAUGGACCAAUCAGAUGGGUCAAUUGAGAAGCGGCCAGAGUUUGAAUAAAUUUGCAAAAAAUAAGGCAAUCGGUGGAAAAAAUUCCUAGAGAGUUGGAUUUUUUUUAAAGCUCCCUUUACACUUUAGACAUACAGAGUGGCUCAAAAGUAUGGAUUAACAGAAAACCUUGAAAUUUGGGGAACAGUUAAAUCAUCUGAGAGCUUUUUCAAAUUUUUAUCGUCAUUUAUUUUGAAAAUUCAAGGCUAACUUGAUUUUUUUUAAAUGGCACGAAGGGUCAAUUUUUUUUAUGAAUUCAGUGAUGUAACAUGAUACCCACCUUUACUUUUAUUAAAAUGUAAAAAAAUAAAAAUUCAAAAAUUUUCGUGAAUAGUAAAACUAAGUUAGCUUUGAAAAUACUGUUAUUAACGAUGUGUAGCAUAAAAAUCAAGUAUUCCGUGUUUAAAAUUUCUUAAUUAAAACGUGUUCUUUUUCAGGUAAAAGUGUUAUUUUAACAAUUAUUUUUAACUUUUUUGGUUAAUGAGCUAACGAGAGAUAAAGACAACAUUUCCAAGGCUCAUAAAAUCUUACAUUUUUCAAAAUUUUCGAUUUUUUUUAAAGUUUCGAUCAAAGUAAGGUAUGCAUGUGUUAUGCCAUAGAACCAUAAUUUUUCAACAAUAAAGUUUUGAAUUUUCCAGGAUUUUUCUAGAAGUGUAUUUUAUCUGGAAAAUUUUUACAACUUCGAAUUUUUUGGUUCAUUGUCAUUUGCCGCAUUUUCAAAUCCCGUAGUUCUAGUUUUUUACAAAAUAAACUAAUGAAUUCUGAUAAACUAUUUGUUCCAAAAAAAAACAUUGAAAUUUGAAUAUAAUCCGGAUUAUUUGAAGCCCCCACUUGAGCUUUUAUUAUAAUUUCUUUACAAAUUUUUUUAAGUGUUUAUUUUCAAACAUUUUUACAAAAAUCUGAUUUCUGGAAUUCGGGUUUAAAUUAACCUGGAACUUGUCGUGUUAUUUCGGAAAAUGAGAAAUUUUCACAUUUGGUGUUCCUUAGGUUUACGUUAUUAUUUAGUUAUUUAAUCAUUACUAAAAUUAUAAAAAAAAUCGGUGAAAUCCGGUUAUAAUUGGAUUUUUUUAAUUAAUCCACGUAAAACUUUAUAUUUGACAAAUUUAAGUAAAAUUCUCUUCAUUCCCGGAUUAUUUGAUUAAAUUUUUGCCGAAAAUUUUCACAAAUUUGAAUUUUCUGGUUUAAAUUUCCGUUUUAAGUAUGAAUUUAUUCACUUGAAACUAUUAUAUUUCGUUUUUUUUUUUUUAUAAAUUUAUUUAUAAAAUUUAUCCAAUUAGCGAUCGUCGAAAUUGAUUGUAUUUUACCGCGAUUUUACAAAUAACAAUAAAGAUUAUUUAACUCCAUUUACUUAAGACUUUUUUAUUUAUUUUUUUUUUCAUUUUUUUGUGUUCAUUUUAGUAAAAACUUAAUUAAUAAUAAAAAAAUUAAUUUUGUUCCUACUUCCGAAACUACUUCAUUUUUAAUAAAUUUUGUACAAGAAUUUAUUGCCUAUUUAAAAAAAAUCAAGUUAGCCUUGUAUCUGAAGAACAAAUGGAGAUAGAACAUCUGAAACGAUACAAUUUAUAUACUCUUAAGCAUAUACCAAAUUUUAAUAAAUUUAACUGUAUCAAGUGUAAAGAAAGCUUUAAAACAACUCCAAUUCUCUAGGAAUUUUUUGGAAGGAUUCCAAAAUUUUCAAAAAAACUAUACGAUUGUGUUUUUCCGAAAUUCUGGUCACUUCUGUCGUCACAUUAGCGUCGAAAUAUUGUUUUGCCAAAAAUCAAAAUAAAUUGUGUCGCUUUUUACAAAAGUGAUUAAUUUCAUUUUGCGAAAUAAAGGAACCUGUAAUUCUAUUCAGUGUUGCCAAUUUAACUUUUUCAGGCCAGUCUAACCAAAAAUUAGAAAUUUCUGGCUUGAAAAUUUUGCUGCACAGUUUCGAUUAGAAUUUUACGAUCAAUUUUCAAAAAUAGGAAUUUUUAGAUGUGUACAAAUUUGUGUACAUCGGGGAAAAAUCGACGGUUAGCUCGGUUUCAAUAAGUCCAAUAAAUAAAUACAUUGGAAAAAAAAAUGGAAAAACGGUCGUUUCUUCCUACUUCAGGCCUAAUUUGGAACUUGUUGAAAAAUGUUCAAAUAAAGGCCAAACAAAUUAAUACUCAAAUUAGAUUGAAAUAACGUAAAAAUUUGAAUAAAAACCGCGUCUUACGUUCAAAUUUAGCUAAAGACAAAUAAGAAUCUCUAACUAAAAUUCUAGUUUUAAGAAAUCUGUCAAAAUUAAUUGCAAAAAAUUUCCAGUUUUUUAAAAUAAGCGGUUUUGGAAUGUGGUAAAUAACAUGUUUGACGUAAAAUGAUCCGGAAAAUCCAAAUUUAUGUAAAUUUCACGGAAAAAUUGAAGUGAUUUUUGUGAGAGAUGGCCAAGAAUUUAAUUUUCAGAAAAAGGUGGUUAAUAGAAAAAACAAUGUUUAUUUGCAAUUUAAUGAACCUGAAGAUGGACAUUUGAUUAUUGACCGAAACAUGUAGCUUGUGAGUAAAAUUAUGUAGUUUCAAUUCGACUGUGGUUUUUAUCACUACUUUUUGUCAUUUUAUCACUGAUUUUUCUUAUGUAAAAGAAAUUUAAAUUUAAAACCGAAAAAUCUGGAGUCAAAUUUUUUUUCUAAUUUUUAAAACAUUCGUUUAAGAAAUAUAAUGAAUGACUUUUGUUUUGUAAAAUAACCGGAAAUUUUAAGAUUUGUAUAAAUCUAUCCGGAAAAAUUAACCAAAUAAUCUCGGAACGUCCGUAAUUCAAAUAAUAUCUAUAAAAUAUACGAAAGUUUUAAGUAAAUGGAUUUAAAUAAUCAGAUUAUAGCCGAAUUUCAGCGAAUUUUAUUUUUUCUUAUAAUACAAGAAAUAUGAAAAGUUUAUGAGAAUGAGAAAAAGGCGAAAUUACAAUAAAAUUUCCUAUUUUUUAAAUUACGCUGUUUGAAAACGUGUCAAAUGACAUUUCUUUAUUAAGAUGAACCAAGGACUCCGAAACUGUAAAAAAUUUCAGAAAACAUAAACAUAUUAUUAUAAUUGAGUUUCAGGUUAAUUCAAAUCUUUUUAAAAAAAUCAUACAAACUCCUAAAAACUUGGAAAUAUUUACGCGUACUUAAGUAUUUUUUUAUAACCGGAAAAAUCCGGAGUUAAAAAAUAUUUUCUAAUUUUUCAACAUGCGUUUUAGAAAUGUACAGUAAACGAUUUUUCUUAUAUAAAAUAGGCAAUAAAUUCUUGUACAAAAUUUAUUAAAAAUGAAGUAGUUUCGGAAGUAGGAACAAAAUUAAUUUUUUUAUUAUUAAUUAAGUUUUUACUAAAAUGAACACAAAAAAAUGAAAAAAAAAGUCUUAAGUAAAUAAUCUUUAUUGUUAUUUGUAAAAUCGCGGAAAAAUACAAUCAAUUUCGACGAUCGCUAAUUGGAUGAAUUUUAUAAAUGAAUUUAUAAAAAAAAACCGAAAUAUAAUAGCUUCAAGUGAAUAAAUUCAUACUUAAAACGGAAAUUUAAACCAAAAAAUUCAAAUUUGUGAAAAUUUUCGCCAAAAAUUUAAUCAAAUAAUCCGGGAAUGAAGAGAAUUUUACUUAAAUUUGUCAAAUAUAAAGUUUUACGUGGAUUAAUUAAAAAAAUCCAAUUAUAACCGGAUUUCACCGAUUUUUUUUAUAAUUUUAGUAAUGAUUAAAUAAUUAAAUAAUAACGUAAACCUAAGGAACACCAAAUGUGAAAAUUUCUCAUUUUCCGAAAUAACACGACAAGUUCCAGGUUAAUUUAAACCCGAAACAACUUUUGAGUGAUUUUUAUUAUAUCCGAAAAAUUUGGAGCGAAAAAUAUUUUACAAUUUUUAAAUGAUGCUGUUUAGAAAUAAUAUUGUAUUAAAUAAUUUUUCUUAAAUAAAAUAGGCCGAAAAAUGCAGUUCCAGAAAUCAGAUUUUUGUAAAAAUGUUUGAAAAUAAACACUUAAAAAAAUUUGUAAAGAAAUUUCUUUUUAUAAUUAUAAAUUUUUAUAAUUAUAAUAAAAGCUCAAGUGGGGGCUUCAAAUAAUCCGGAUUAUAUUCAAAUUUCAAUUUUUUUUUUUGGAACAAAUAGUUUAUCAGAAUUCAUUAGUUUAUUUUGUAAAAAACUAGAACUACGGGAUUUGAAAAUGUGGCAAAUGACAAUGAACCAAAAAAUUCGAAGUUGUAAAAAUUUUCCAGAUAAAAUAAACACUUCUAGAAAAAUCCUGGAAAAUUCAAAACUUUAUUGUUGAAGAACAUUAAAAUAAACGUUAAAAACUAACUUAAAUUUUUGUGCUUAUUGAAACCGAGAUGACUCUAGUUUAAAAAUUAACCACUGAAACUGUAUAAAUUAGUAUUGUGCGAAGUUUCAAUAGGAAAGUCGGUAAAAAAAAUCAGUAUUAUGCAUAUUGUAGAGGUAGCAAUACUAUACAUAUCUUAAAUCGACUUGAGAAGCUAUUUUAUUAUUAGCCUGUACAAACCGUACGAAACCCGUGCAGAAAACGAGAAUAAUAAUAAUGUUAAACCACUGUUAUUUAUGCAUGAUGUAUUAAAAAAAAUCUCAAUAAAAUCCGUUAACCAA